GCGGCCUUUUUGAUUUUAGGUUUGUUUGUAUUACCCAAGAGGGGUUAUUUACACAUAGCAAUUCAAAAUAAAUUGUGAGUAACUGACGCUUGUUUUUGCCUAUUUCCAAAAACAUAAAAUAUAUUUUUUUUAUUUCCGGGAAAAGAGUUACGUAAUCACGCAUGCCACGUUAAAUUAACAUUAAAACACUUUUGUCAAAAGUAGUCCAAUUUAGGAGCAUGACCUCGGGUCCUCUGAAAAAGAAAAGCUACUUGGGACAGCACCAAAUCAAAAAGAAGACAAGCAUCCUAGAUGAUGUGCCAUAUGAAAAUGGGAAAGUGCUGCAGAAAACAUGUUCUCUGUCCGACAAAACAAACAAAACACAUGGCAUCAACAAACAUAGCCUCAUGGGUGGAAAACCUGUGUUACAGGAAGAAUCUACUUUAGCUCUUGAUGAAGAGAUCCUGCAGGUUUUGGAUGCUGUUGAUAUUUCAAAAGCUGUAAUAGACAAGUCUUGUUUGGGGAACAGGCAAAAUAAAGAAGAGCCAACAUCAUCAGCCGCUUCUGCGUUUCCACGACCCGGUACACUUACUGUACUCAGUAAAAAGGAGAGAGAUUUGAUGCAGAUGAGAAAUGGGGCAUGUCUUCAGCACACAGACAGAUUCCCGGGUCCUCAGUUUUUGGGGGAUAUAAAAAGACCAGGAGUGAGAUCCGACUGCAAAGACCUUGCUCAGAAGCUUCUCUUCAGUGAGGACUCUGGGAAUGUGAACCAAGACAACAACAGUUCAAAACCUUCCUGUGCCAGCAUUCUGCCUCGUCAGGAAACACGAAACAGUCAGAAAGCAGGCAGCUCGAACCCGUUGAUGGCCACAAGAAAAAACUCUCCUUCUAGCAACGACACACAUAGGUUGAGCAAGAAUGAUGAGCCAGCCCUGGAUGUAUCCACAAACUAUAUCUUGUUCAGCCCCACCCGACUCGCUGCAGCUACGAAGAGGGCCAAGCUCCAGCAAUCGCUACAGAAUCAGUCGGCUUCUGUGCUCACAGUCCCCACCGGCUUGGAGCUCAGCACUCUCAGUGACACGCUUCCUCAGCCAGGCGUUGCCCUAUGUGCUCCUGUACAGCAGGCCGAAAAACUGCUGUUAUCCAGCUGGGGUUUACCAAAGCCUGUUUUAGAGCGCUACCAGAAACAUGGAGUCACUCAGAUGUUUGAAUGGCAGGCUCAGUGUCUCACUAUGGGACGGGUGCUGCAGGGGGGGAACCUGGUGUACUCCGCACCCACCAGUGCCGGCAAAACUCUGGUGUCAGAGCUGCUGAUGCUGAAGCGCGUGUUGGUGACCAGAAGAAAAGCUCUCUUCAUAUUGCCAUUUGUUUCUGUGGCCAAGGAGAAGAUGCACUACCUUCAGAGCGUUUUUGAAGAAGCUGGCAUUCGUGUGGGGGGUUACAUGGGCAGCACUUCAGCCGCUGGAGGUUUCACAACACUGGAUGUGGCUGUUUGCACCAUAGAAAAAGCCAAUUCUUUAAUCAACAGACUCAUUGAAGAAGAUAACAUGGAUCUUCUUGGAAUGGUGGUGGUAGAUGAGUUGCAUAUGGUUGGAGAUUCUGGAAGAGGAUACCUGCUGGAACUGCUCCUCACCAAAAUUCGCUACAUUGCACAGAAGCAGAGUAGCACAGGGUCUCUUUCAGAGGGUGUACAGAUAAUUGGUAUGAGCGCCACUUUGCCAAAUCUCUCACUCCUGGCUGGCUGGUUAGAUGCAGAGCUUUAUCAGACAGGCUACAGACCUGUACCCCUGCAGGAACAUCUCAAAGUGGGCUGUAACAUCUUUGAUAAGAGCCUCUCUGUGGUGAGGCAGUUCACUCCUGCUCUCAAUAUCAAGGGUGAUGAUGAGCACAUUGUGAGUUUGUGUUAUGAGACGGUGACAGAAGGCCACUCUGUGCUCCUGUUCUGCCCCUCGAAGAACUGGUGUGAAAAACUGGCAGAUAUUAUCGCUAGAGAGUUCUUCAAUCUCAGACAAAGCGAUCGUCGGGGUGAAGCUCAGCCACAGCCGGUGGAUCUGGAUCAGGAGGGCCUGGAGGAUGUUAAGGCUCAGCUGCGGCGAACGCCAGCAGGUUUAGACCCCACCCUGCAGCGCACUGUACCGUGGGGAGUGGCCUUCCAUCACGCUGGUUUGACAUUUGAUGAGCGUGACGUGUUGGAGGGGGCAUUCCGUCAGGGCUUGGUCCGAGUCCUGGCUGCCACAUCUACCCUCUCUUCAGGGGUUAAUCUUCCUGCCCGUCGGGUCAUCAUCCGAACCCCAACGUUCAGCGGACGCUUGCUGGAUCCGCUCACAUACAAACAGAUGGCAGGACGAGCAGGAAGAAAAGGAGUGGACACUAUAGGUGAAAGUGUGCUGGUGUGUAAACAGGCAGAGCGUCAGAAAGGUAUUAGUCUCCUUAACGGGGUUCUUCAGCCAAUCAAGAGCUGCCUGGUGAGAAGGGAGGGUGACGGUGUGACCACCAGCAUGCUGAGAGCCAUCCUGGAGAUAGUUGUUGGUGGUGUUGCCAGCACUCCACAGGAUGUGAGCCAGUAUGCUUCAUGUUCACUUUUAGCUGCAAGCAUAAAAUGUGAUGGCAAGAAAGAGUCUAAUGAAGAGGCAAACAGAGGAGCUAUUGAGGCCUGUGUUGAAUGGCUGAUGGAAAAUGAAUUCAUUAGUAUUCAGAAGGAUGGACAAGAUGAGCGGUACUGUCCAACACAACUUGGUGCCGCCACUCUUUCUUCCUCCCUCUCUCCUCCAGAAGCUCUGGGAAUUUUUGCAGAUCUCCAGCGGGCCAUGAAGGGCUUUGUGCUUGAAAAUGAUUUGCACAUUCUCUAUCUGAUCACCCCACUGUACGCAGAGUGGACCACCAUAGACUGGUAUCAGUUCUUUUGCUUGUGGGAGCAGCUGCCGUCGUCGAUGAAGAGGGUGGCAGAGCUGGUCGGUGUCCAGGAGGGUUUCUUAGCUCGAUCCGUCAGCGGCAAACUUGUUGCCAAGACAGAGAAGCAGCUCAGACAAAUGGCUAUUCAUAAACGGUUUUUCACGACUCUUGUCCUACAAGAUCUGGUCAACGAGGUUCCUUUGGGAACUGUUGCAUCAAAAUACAACUGCAGCCGUGGGCAGCUCCAGUCUCUGCAGCAGUCGGCGUCUACAUAUGCAGGUAUGGUAACAGUGUUCUGUAAGCGUCUGGGUUGGCACAACAUGGAGCUGCUGUUGUCUCAGUACCAGACCAGGCUGAGCUUUGGAGUCCAGAGGGAACUAGUCGAUCUGGUCAGGAUUUCUCUUCUGAACGCAACACGAGCCAGAGCGCUCUACGCCCAAAGUCUCUGUACUGUUGCUGAACUUGCCAGGGCCUCUGUAGCUGAUGUGGAGAAAGCCUUGCGGAAUGUGAUCCCAUUCAAGAGCUCUAAGCGUGCUGUGGACGAGAGUGAGACGGAGGCAGCGGAGAGGCGAAACCUGCGCUGCGUGUGGGUCACAGGUGGACGGGCUCUGACAGAACAGGAAGCCGCUGUUGAGAUCGUCUCAGAGGCAAGGCUCCUUCUUCAGGAAGACCUUGCUCAGUUGGGAAUUAAGUGGGAUCCAGCAGCGCUUCCACCAGGGUGUCCUUCUACUUGCAUCCCUGACGAUCAGCCCAGUGGAGACAGGGCUACAGAGCAGAAGAGCAGAGUCGCUGAGGUGCACAGAGAGGAGAUUAGGAGAGACAAUAACACUGAGAGGAGGAUGGUUGAUGGGAAUGAUGGGGAAGAAGAAGACACAAGAAAUCAAGAUAUGUCUGAACCAAAAAUCAGGCAAAAAGUCAGGGAAGUUCUGGUUGAAGGAGACAAAGAAAACACAGAAGAAAUGGCAAAUAAAUCAACAAUAAGCAACAAAUCUUUUUUUAAAGAAAACAACAAAAAAGAACGGUUAAAGCAGGAAGGCGAGAAAUGCAAAAAAUUCAACCCAAAAUUGGGAGAGAUGACUAAAAGAAGUGUAUCAACUACACCAGAGCAUCCUAAUUUGGAUCACCCUGCUGUAGAAAGAAACUUAACCCAGGAGUUGGAUGAGAUCAUUUCCAGCCCUCUGCCUCAUAUUCCUCCACAUCCUCAGCCGUUACUUUCUCCAGCACCACCUCCACGUUUCAGAGCCCCAAUAUCUUGUCUAGAACAACAAAGUGUGUCCACAAGCACAGAAAAAGAAGAGUCCCUCACAAAGCUUACAGUAUCCCCUCUGCUCCCGCGGAGACCGAAGCACUCCAGAGCAUUAAGUAAAGUCCUUCAGUCCAUGCAAACAAGCAAAACCCCGCAGGAUGAUGUAGAGCUUGCUGAAAGAUCAGACAGGAAAACUACAGCACCUUCCCUUAUGAAGGAAGACCCUCAAGCUGUCUCUACACCUACACUUGCAGAUAUGAUAAACUCUCCCCUGUCCUUGUCUCCUGCUUUUCACCCCCCGUUCACUCCCGAGGCCAAGAGAAGAAGGACUGAUGACAGAGUGGUGGAUAAAUUUUCAUCCCCUGAGCUCUAUGCAGGCAAUAAGUCCGAUGACGAAGCUGAGGAACAGGUGAACACGGAUGGAGAAAGUUUUGGCAACAGCUUUGACCUGGACACUCAGACAGAAAGAAUCAUCGCUCAGCAGAUCUGCAGAGAUGAAAGUAAAGAUCGGGUGGUAGAGAUGCAGUUGGCGAGAGAAGACGAAAUAGUAAAAGCAGAUGUGAGAAGAAAUGAACUAGAAGGCCUCAACAUAGCGUCUCCAAGAUUCAAUACUUCUCUCACAGAUAGCCAAAUGGAGCUCAUUCUUAACACCUGCCACAAUAUGUCCUCUAAUCCAGCUGGUGGUGGUAACGACCAAGAUAAAGAUGAAGAUGCGUGUGAUGAUCUGGUCCCUGAGGCUAAUCCAGCUGCUGCCGCGAGUCCCAACAGAAGCAGCAGCUUCCUGUUCGACAGCAUGUACGACAGCCCUCUGCUGGUAGCUCUGAGGCCAAACCAGAUGCCUGACCAGCCAGAUCAGGAACAGUCUUCAAGCCAGGAGGUCGCCGUGGAUUGUCCUCUUCCUUCAACCCACCAGAGACGUCGCAGCGAGCUUCUCGCCAACCAAGAAGCAGAAGAGCAGGAGGCAGCUCAAUGGGGGGAGUCCUCCUUUAAUCUGUCGGAGUGGGGGGACUCGCUCUUGGUGGGUGAACACUUCCUGGAUAGACAGAGCUUUUUGAGACACACAAAGAGGACUGAGAGCGAACAAGAGCUCCAGCAACCAAACGAAGACCGUGAUAUUUGUGAUGAACCACUGUUCAUUUCACAGCUUGGACACAUACAGCCACUGCUUCCUGCUACUAUUCAAAAUGAGUGUGACCAGGAGAAAGCUGAUAAUCAUCAAGCACAUACUAGAAAACCAUUUAAUAGUAAAGAUGUUGAACCAAAUGGGAGGCAGGAAAUGAUUCGUGAAAAUGGUGUCGAGGAGGGAAAAAAUGGAGAAAAAGUUAAUAAUGCUGUUUUUACACAUCUACAUGUCCAAAAUGACUCUGAAAAUGCUCUUUAUUGCAGCCCUAGUUUACAGGAAAUCUUUGACCGCUGGCCCAGUAUGUCUGACCAGUCAGGUUCAGAAAACCUUCAGACACAAGCUGCUGCCUCAAAUACACCAGGUGUUCCAGAGUUACCACAGCAAGAGGUGCAACUAGGAAGGAAAAGAAAGAUGUCCCAGUCUGACGCUGACAAAAACAUCUUCUACCACAAGGGUUCAAGACACGAGAGGGAGAACACACCAGAGAGACCAGACUCUGCUGGCGACCUCAUUCCCCCAACUCAAGAAAGACCACCAGUCACCCCGAGAAUAAAACUGACUACCUCUGUGCAGUCACCUGUCACCGCUCAGCCACGUCAACAGUCCACUCCCUCAAAUCAUUUUCAAGACAAACCAGCAGCCAAAAACCAUCCCACACCUCAAACAGGAAACUACAAUCACCUGUCAGACGCCGCGUGUGCUUCUGUCAGUAAACAGGAAGCAAAUAGAGUGACAAUAAAGGAAAUGAAAUCUGCUGUACGUUUGAGUUCUAACACCAGCCAGGACCUUUACUUUCCCACAGAGUCAGCAUCUCCUUCUCCUCCUCCUCCCCACUACCCACAGCCAAAACCUCCUUCUGACACAGAGUCACCGGUGAGUGAGGGUUUUACUCUGCAGCUGUCCCAGGAAGCUUCAUUCUGUUGCAGCGACUCUGGGAUGUUCUCCAUCAUAGACGUGGCGAGCGAUAGGCGCCUUUUUGAUACGUUUGUUAGAGAGUGGAAAACAAAGGAGCGUUUUUCUAUCGCUUUGGCCUGUGAGAAGAGCAAGCACAGGCAGCGAGCAUCAGCAGUAUAUCAGAAGCCUAACCCGACUGAUGGUUUUCCACUAAGGGACAAUGAAGAUCUUGUUUUGAUUGGACUGUCUGUCUGCUGGGGAUCAAGAGAUGCAUACUACAUCUGUCUGCAGCAGAAGCAAAGCAAAGGUCUGAGCUCAAGUCUGGCUCCUCCUCCACUGGAUGAUGAGUUGCCCGUAAGUAAAAGGUUGGAGCAGGUGAAGCUCCUCCUCAGCCAACAACCAGCCGGUCACAAAGGGAGAGUGAUAGUCACAUAUGACGUCAUCGAGGUGUACAAGACGCUAGUAAUGAGUUGUGGCAUCAGCCUGGAGGGAAGCUGUGAAGACCUGAAGGUUGCGUGCUGGCUGCUGGACCCUAGCAGUGAGGAAAGGACGCUCACAAACAUGGUGACGGUCUACUGUCCUGAAGAAUUACCCCUGCUGGACGGUCUCGGUAGUGGACAUUCACACUGUCCUCGUGUCAGGGCAGCGACCCAGAGCGUUCUCAUCCACGCCGUGAUGAACCAUCUCACUGAACUGUUGGAGAAAGAUGGCACACUGGAUUUAUUCAGGAACAAAGAGAUGCCCUCCCAGGUGUGUCUGGCCCUGCUGGAGUUGAAUGGAGUAGGUUUCAGCGUGGACGAGUGUGAGAGGCAAAAACACGUGAUGCAAGCCAAACUUUCAGCUCUGGAGAUCGAAGCUUACAGCCUGGCAGGACACACCUUCUCCCUCACUAGUGUCGAUGACAUAGCACAGGUGCUGUUCUUGGAGCUCCAUUUACCUCCAAAUGGUGACAUAGGUGGACCAAGAAGUAAGAAGACUCUGGGUUACACCAGGAGAGGUGGCGGCAGAGUUCGCCUGGGAAAGCAGUUCAGCACCACAAAGGAUGUUCUGGAGAAACUUCGUCCGCUGCACCCUCUGCCGGGUGUGAUUCUGGAGUGGAGGCGGAUCACUAACGCCUUGACUAAAGUGGUCUUCCCCCUACAGAGAGAGAAGAAACACCAUCCUACACUGGAGAUGGACAGAAUAUAUCCAAUCGCCCAGACCCACACAGCCACAGGUAGAGUGAGCUUCACUGAACCAAACAUACAGAAUGUCCCCAAAGAUUUUGAGAUUUCCAUGCCCACAGUGAUAGUUGAGAGCCCACCUUCACAAAAUGGCUUCCAGAUGACUCGUAAAUCAGGUUGUAACAGAAAGAAGAGAUGCUCUGUGGCUCCAGCACUUACAGUCAGACCUGCAGAACAAGGCCCAGCCUUCUUCGUCAGCAUGAGACAUGCUUUCGUUCCCUUCUCAGGUGGAAUGAUUAUAGCAGCUGAUUACUCCCAGCUGGAGCUGAGAGUGCUGGCUCACCUCUCAAAGGAUCAGCGCCUCCUGCAGGUGCUGAAUGGAGGAGCAGACGUGUUUCGUUGCAUCGCUGCAGAGUGGAAAAGUGUCGAGCCAGAGACUGUGCAGGACAGCCUCAGACAACAGGCAAAACAGAUCUGUUACGGUAUUAUAUAUGGAAUGGGAGCAAAGUCCCUGGGGGAGCAGAUGGGAGUAGAGGAGGACGACGCAGCUUGCUACAUUGAGAGUUUUAAAGCCAGAUACAAAGGGAUUAACACUUUCCUCAAACAAACGGUGAAGAACUGCAUAAAGGACGGCUAUGUUCAGACCCUGAUGGGCCGCAAGAGGUAUCUAGCUGGAAUCACCAGCACCAACGUGCACAUCAAAGCUCACGCAGAGCGGCAGGCAGUGAACACAACUGUUCAGGGUUCUGCAGCAGACAUUGUUAAACUUGCUACUGUGAACAUCCAGAAACGGCUGCGGCAGACAUAUCCUGCAGCGCCGCUGUCUCACCAGCACACAGCAGACCGUAACGCGUGCAGAGCUGGGUCAUCUCAGCUGAGGGGAGCCUAUUUCAUCCUGCAGCUGCAUGAUGAGCUCAUAUAUGAAACCACAGAACAGGACCUCAUACAGGUUGCACAGAUAGUUAAGAGGGAGAUGGAGUCAGCGGUGAAACUCUAUGUGAAGCUAAAAGCCAAAGUCAAAGUGGGACCCAGCUGGGGGAACCUGCAGGACCUCGAUUUAUGAAGUAAACUUGUAAAGAAACAUUUUUUUGUGAUUUAUGCAUAUUACUUGCACUAGUUUUUAAAUCACUACAUUGAUAAAUGAAAUGUAAGAAAAUCCUGUCAUUUUUUUUAAACAUAAAAUCUACAUCAACUUUUUAAUGAACUACCUGUACAUACAUAGACCUAUUUAUCAGUGUAAAGCUUUAUGGAGUUUAUUUUCUAAAACAAUACUAUGUCCUGAAAACAUCAGAUGUAAUCUAAUAAACUAAAAAGACUA